AAAGCAUGGAAAGCGACUUGGUACAACGAAUUUCGUUAAUUUUAGCCCCGUAGAGACGAGACAAGAAAACCCGAAACAGGCAACACAAGCAUGACCUGCUUCAUCCAAGGUUCCACUAUUCAAUGAAGUCCUAGUACUGUGACAGCCAACAUUUCCACACUGACUGAAUGAGGAUGAACCAUGGAGGACAACAUUGAGCAAUGGCAUGUCGGCGGCAAGUGCAUGGCUCCAUAUUCCGGGGAUGGUGCGUACUACCGCGCCUGCAUCCAGUCUCUAACCAGGAGACAUCAGGGUCGCCUGAUGGCGUCCGUCCGAUUCAGCGGCUUCACAGAGGAGGAGGAUGAAAUCGUCGACGUCCGACAUCUCAAGAAGCGGCCGGUCAGGGUGCCUGGUGACAGGGGCGGCACCUUCACUGACUCUGGUAGUUCAGGUUCAGUUGCUCCUCCAUCUAUCACAAGUCCAUUGACGUACAUCACCGAAGAGGACAGAUUAAGGGCCAAGUAUGCGGACCUGUUUGAUGACAGUGACCACAGAGGUGGGGCUGGUAACAAAAGCAGCAAGUCACGUGACUCGUCAGCUUCCCCUAUGACAUCAUCAUCGGCAUCAUCAGCAUCAUCUUCAAGGUUCAUCUCAAGGAGUAACCACAAGAGAAAGGCUCCUGUUGCAGUGGGUGGUGAAGUGAGAAUAUUGUCUGAGGAUGUUACUCCCCCGAAAAGAUCCCCCGUAUCUUCCCAUGCACCUCCAAGCAUGCCCGUCAGAGAGCUAAGUGAGAAGGAUUCAUUCGGUUUUCUAGAUGAAGGUUUCAGUUGCGAGGAGAUGGAGAAGCCAUAUUUCCCUGGAGUCUCCACUGCCAGCGCCAAGAUCCCUCUGGUUUUAUCUAAAGACGACUCGGGGUCCGUCGUUCAGGUUCCUGCGACUAUAAAUCGCUAUCUGAGGGAUUACCAGAGGGAGGGAGUGAAGUUCCUGUAUCGGCAGUAUCAGAAGGGUGAGGGCGGCAUAUUGGGGGACGACAUGGGACUGGGCAAAACGGUGCAGGUCCUGGCCUUUCUGUGCGCUGUGCUCGGGAAAACCGGAACCAGGGAGGACUGUCAGAGACGAUUGCCUGAGUUCUUGCAGAAGAAGCUGAAGACCACACGUGGCCAUUCAUCUGAGGUAUUUCUCAUCAUUUGCCCCAACUCAGUCAUCUACAACUGGCUGGAUGAGUUUGAAACGUGGACCUACUGUACAGUUGGAAAGUACCACGGUCGUGAGAGGCAGGAGACCCUAUGGAAAGCCAUGAAGGGCAAACUGGAUGCUGUCAUCACUAGCUACGAGACCUAUAGAAUCUAUAUGGAUUCGCUGCUGCAAGUUAAAUGGGCUGGCGUCAUAGUGGACGAAGUUCACAAAAUCAAGGAGCCAGGGUCCCAGAUCACGCAAGCCUUGAAGGAAGUAAACACAAUGCGUCGCUAUGGCCUGACAGGCACGGCGCUGCAGAACAAACUCUCCGAGCUGUGGUGUGUGCUGGACUGGGCCAAUCCCGACUGCCUAGGCUCCUUGGCCAAAUUCAAGCUCAACUUUGAGGAGUCGAUCUCCAAGGGCCAAAAGUUCCACGCUAGCAAGAGGGAACUUGCAGAGAGCAGAAAGGUGUCUUCCCAGUUUGCUGAGCUGCGAGACCAGUGGAUGAUCAGACGCACCAAGGCUCUGAUCAGUCACCAACUACCCACCAAAGACGAAAAGGUGGUGUUUUGCAAGCUGUCCGCUCUGCAGCUGAGUAUAUACCAGGCGCUGCUGGAGUCAGACGAUAUGCAGUUAAUCCUCAAACAGAAAGAUACAUGCGACUGUGGGAGUGGAAGCAUACGUAUACAGUGCUGCUAUAAGUACAACUCUGAAGGUGAAAAAGUGAAAGCGUUGACGAUGACAUUCAUGAGCCUGCUGAUCAAGGUAGCCAAUCACGUCGCGUUACUCACGCCAGACGUCAGCAUGUCCGACGUGCAGCGCAAGAGGGCCCAGAAGUACUGCGACAUCGCGUUUGCCCGCCACCCGCAGUUCGUGGCGCUGAGCCGCGAGGCGCGGUUCUGCACACUGUCGGACCCGUCUUACUGUGGGAAAAUGCAGAUUCUAGAGAAAAUCUUAACAGUCUUCAAGCAAGAAGGCAGCAAAGUCCUCCUCUUCUCCUACUACACCCAGCUGCUCAACAUCAUCGAGAUGUACCUUAAGACCACCGAUUAUGUCUAUCGUCGCUUGGACGGAAAAACACCGAUACAGGACAGACAGAGGUUCGUCCAUGAGUUCAACACGGACCCCGACAUCUUUCUCUUUCUCAUAUCCACCAAAGCUGGCGGUUUGGGGCUAAAUCUGACGGGCGCCAACGUGGUCGUCAUAUUUGACCCUAACUGGAACCCGACCUAUGACCUCCAGGCCCAGGAUAGAGCCUACCGCAUCGGCCAGCAUCGGGACGUCCGAGUCUAUCGGCUGAUCUCCACGGGUUCCAUCGAGGAGAAUAUGUACCUGAGGCAGGUUUACAAGCAGCAACUAGCCAGUGCGGCAGUGACGUCUGAGAACCCCAUGAGGUAUUUCACGGCCGUCGCGGGGGACAAGAAGCAACAGGGAGAGCUGUUUGGUCUCCACAACAUGUUUGCGCUGAGAGCGGACACAUCGUGCCUCACCAAAGACCUCAUACAGCGCCACGUUAAGACUGAACAGGGUAUUACCUUGGCCAAGUACAUCUCCCCUCCACCCUCUGUGUCAGAUACUGAGCAGACUUCCAAAGAGGAGGCCUUAUCAGACAGUGAUGGGGAGAGUGAUAGUUCCCACGGCAACCACGGGAACACUGACGCCGAGGACGAUCACGGUGUGGCGUCGCAGUUCCUCGGCGACGGCGAUUUCAGCGAUGAAGAGACGAACGACGAUCCGCAGAAGCCAGCUUUCAAAGAACAUGACACCAAAAGGAAAACAAGUCCUCCAAAUUCCAUCAACCCCCCUGGGAAAACAACAGCUCCGUCUUGCCACAAGAGAAACACUGCAAAGACUUUUGUAGUGCCGACUUCUAAAAGGAGAGAACACCAUGCACAAAUGGCAUCCGGCUCUGAUUCGGACGAGGACACGAAGGUGGACCGAAGAGCUGUCCGCGGAAAAGCGAUCCUUCACAGGGACGGACGGGUUGAGCGGCGCAUCAAAGGCGUCGCAGCGGAUCAACCAAACAACAGCGCUACUAGAGUCAAAGGUCAAGCCAAGCUAGGCAAGAGGUCAGAGGCCACGUCAACAAAGCAAGAUGGCGGCAGAGUGGCAGGGAACCGUAUCCGUGCAAAGGAACGGAACAAGUCUACCAAUGCUGUUGAUGAUGUUUUCAAGGAGUGCGGGGUCGCUUUCAUCCAUUCCAACAUGAAGAUAGUUGGGGGUAGCCGUGUGGAGGAUCAUGUCACCAACAUUGCUAUGAGAGACGUGUAUGACUUGGGACUGAACUCGCAGCAGCCAGCUAAUUACAACGUACCAACGCUACAAGAGUCCAUGUCCAACAGCUCUAGCCAAGAGAAGGAUUCCGUCCAAUCACACGAGCCGUUACCUGCUUCCCUGCUUGCCCAAUCACAGCGGGCGUCUCAUAGAAUCAACGGGACAACUGUCCUGUUUGGGCAAACGCCUCGAGGCAUAAAAAGGCAUCAAUUUGGAUCCAUGGCUAAGACACUGAAGCAUCCUUCCGUCAGAGACUUUGCCAAGCACAUCCUAUCCUUGCCGCAAGAGCAAUACGCCAGUUUGCUCCAGGACUACUACGCAAGCAAGCAUCUGGAGCUAGACUUGGCAAAGUUGUAUCAACCUCUGAGGCCGGGGGCAGAAGAGCUCAAUGAUGCGCCAGCUCAGGGACGAUCCGCACGAAGGGCGAAACCGGUACGUGCGAGGGUGUCUAGAAAACACGGCACCAGGACUAGGGGUCCACGUGGGGUUGGUCAUUUUGAAAGUCUGAGUGAGGACGAAGAGUUUGAUGACAGAGGAAAUGGGAGAGAUGGAGACGUGGAGCAUGCAGAAAGACAUGAGACUGAAAGGUGCUCCGACAACAACGGAAAAACAUUUCAAGCAACGGUUAGAGCAAAUCGGGCUUCGAGAACCGCCUCUAGUAAACAGGGAAAUCUGACAAGAACAAAGCCAACCGAGCAACAAAGAAAGAGAGCAACCAAACCACUAGCUGAGAAAUCCGUCAUUGCCGAGAGACCUCACUUGAGGGCGAGAAGACAAGUUAUGGAUUCUGAGAAUGAGGACUGGCUACGAGAAGACCUAAACCAAAAUGAGAAAACAGACCAGUUGUUCCAACGACGUCAGCCCAAAACACAAAAUAGGAAUAAAUCUCCAAGUGUGAGUAACGACAGCUCACUAGAACACUCCGCACUCUCCAAUUCCUCGCCAACAACUGUGCCUAAGGACGACAACAUGUCCUUCCUCGAUGAAAUCUUCCUCACGGAAAAGUCCAAGAAACCCCCUAAACCGCCCCCAAAGAAAAAAUCGCCCCGCGUGCCACCGAAGAGGACGACCGUUUGUUUCGUGAAGGGGGAUCUCUCAGACUCCGACAUUGAAAUGGAAGAUUUAACCGAUGCAAGGUUGACUAGUAUUGAUUCUAUCGAUACCGAUGCUCGCCAAGUUUUAGAGGUCAGCGGGGGAACUCUUUGGAAGCGCAACUCCAAGUUUGCAUCUCGGCAGUCGGCACUGGAACAGGCCUCCGUGGAGGCUCAGCUGGAGAGCCAAUCGGUCUUUGAAAAGUACGCCGAGUCGUUUGUACCAAACGAACAUUUCCUGAAGAGGGGAUUGGAUAAAGAGCAUGAAAUUUACGUUGAGGAAACUGUUAUGCCAGAGGAUAGUGGUUUCAGUCCAGAACUGCGACCGAGUACAUCGGUAGUUGCUGAAACUGCUUCUUUUUAACAGUUACAAUGUAUGUCACAACACUGCCACAACUCAAGAUAUUCAAUCAGUUAUUGGCCAGUAUUUCAAUAUAGAAUUUUUAAAUUUUUAUAUUUUUUUUAUUUUUUUUGUCAAGCAGUAGUCUGAGGAUCAUAUAUUCAUGUGGGCAUAGCCACGGUAAGAACGUUGGAUAUAUCGUAGCAUGUAAAUUUUAUGCGACUCCGCGUGCCAGCCCAGCGGAGUGGUCUUUAGAAACUGUGACGUCAUUUCGAUCAGAAAUGUGGACUAAGCUGUUGAUUGGUCAAU